GUGGCUGGCGCUUGAUGUACAUAGUUCCUGAAACCGGACAAGUUUUGAACGUCUCCGCACAGCGUGAUCCUUUUUUUCCGAUGGUCGCCACACCAGCAAAUGUCAUUGUCUGUUGAAUUGCAGCGCAUUGGUUUUUGUUUGUUUCAAUUUUGUUACCGAGGGGAUGUUUUCGGAAUAGACAAAACACGCAGCCUACUACUGACACUUCGGAUUGGUCGUUUGCUUAGAUCGUCGCUGAACAGGAUUCUGAGUUCGUUUUGAGGAACCUGAUUUUGGCAAACCUGAUGGAUUCCGCAAAUUUUGAUUGCCAUGCCGACGAAGGCACUAUAAAUUGGCUGUUGGAAGGUCGUUAGAAGCACAGUUAUAGUAACUUCUCCAUACACUCAACAGCUAUGGCAUUCAAGUUUGUGAUCCUCUGCGCCUUGGUGGCUGCUACCAACGCUGCUUACAUCGCCGCUCCUGCUCCGCUGGCGUACGCCGCAGCCCCAGUCGUGAGAACCGUUGAAUACGACGCCAAUCCACAGUAUGCCUUCUCGUAUGGAGUUUCGGACGGAUUAACCGGUGAUCAGAAGUCCCAACAGGAAUCCCGUAGCGGUGAUGUCGUGCAAGGAUCGUACUCCGUCGUUGAUCCCGAUGGUUUCAAGCGUACCGUUGAUUAUGCUGCCGAUCCAGUGAACGGAUUCAAUGCUGCCGUCCGUCGGGAACCGAUCGGAGUUGCCGUGGCCCCGCAACCAGCCGUCGUCGCAGCCUAUUCGGCUCCGGUCGUGGCCCAACCGGUCGUGGCUCCGUACGCUGCCCAGCCGCUAGUCGGUUCCUAUGCUUACCACUGAACGCACGGAAGAGUUGAGGAGGAGAGUUGGAAGUUUUUGCGGAUUUUUCGGUAACGACGUAACGUACCGAAGCCGUUGACCGUUGAGAUUUACAUUUUCGAGUCUUGUUUGAGUGCUAAAAAUAUAUUUUCUUUGUUUUGACAAACAA